CAGUAUAAGUCGGUUUUCCAAGCUGAAAGAACUAUCACCUUUACAUCGGAAGUCGGAAAUGGACAAUCUUAUGCCACCACCGCGCUAUGAACCGCCUCUUCAACCCGUGAAUGGGAUAGUCCAACCGCCGGUCAUGCCACCAGAAAAUCGUCCAGGACGCAGGACCAACUUACUGGAAGACAUCAAGUCCACGUUGAACAUUUUACUUCGGUGUCGCUUUUCGUUUUAUUUUCGUAAUCCCGUAAAUUCGGUAAUGUUGGAUGUUCCCGACUAUCACUCAAGGAUCAAGUACCCAAUGGACUUAAAUACGAUCAAAAAGCGUUUGCAUAACAACUAUUAUUGGCAGGCAAGUGAGGCUAUAUAUGAUUUUGAUCUGAUUUUUGAGAACUGUAGAAUGUAUAAUUUGGAGGGAUCGCCGGUUUAUAAUGCUGGCAUGGUGAUGAAGGACGCCUUCUAUGCUCGCAUUGAAGCGCUUGAUUUUAGCAAGGAGGAAGAAAUAAAGCCUAAGGACAAGCGUAAAAGAAAGGCUAACGACAAUUUUGACCUUCCUCCAGUUCCAACAGAAUUACCUUCUACAGUGCCAUUUCAUUAUCCGGUAAACUGCAAUGGACGUAUUUCUUCCAAGUACGUCUCCACCCCGAUUCCCGGUGUAACACCUUUUAGACCGCCUAUUCCAAGCUUCAUAACACCAGAUCCCAAAAUAAGUUUCAUGCCUAUGAAUCCAUUGUUUCCAAUGCUAAAGCCUUGGGAUAGACCGAUGGCAAGUAGCUUUAGAAAUCCAUCAGAAAAUCAUACUGUUCCUCCACCUCUUCUGCGACCAGUUGUCCUGCCACCUCCUUUGACUACUGCUCCUGUUGGACCAAUACACAUGCCAUUGUCAAUGUUGACAUCUCCACCACCAGCUCCACCUUUGCCACCAAAACCCAAAACACCACCAGUCAUAGUCUGUUACAAAUCUCUGGACCGGUUGAUUGAGAAGAGCCAUUGUGAUCAUCUCCUGAAAUCAAUGGUUAAACAAAAACGCAAGGAGUUCACAUGGGCUUUUAAUAACGCUGAAUACUGGCGACGAUACGGCCCAAAUAAGGACUACGACCAUGAUCGUGAAGAGAAACUGGAUUGGCGUGUACUGCAGGAUCGUUUAAACUCUGAUAAUUUUGAAAGCUUUGAUACCUUUGUGAGCUCAGUCCGAAAGAUGUUCCAAAAUGCAAUGCGCUGCUUUACGGGAGAUAUAUUGGUUCAGGCCGCAACAAAGAAGUCCAACGAAAUCUUUGAAAAAAGGUUGCCCAAGUACAGGGAUCUAAUAGCCAAAGCCAAGGAAAAAGCUCGUACAUUGGUGGCGAGCAAGAAGGAAGAUUUGGAAGCCGCAGGAAACCUAAGUGAUCCAAAUAAUAGACUAGAGGCUGAAACCGAUGCGGAACGAUCUAAUAAAGAUAUUAAAACGGACUACACAUAUGCUUCCGAUUCAUCAGAAUAAAUUAUGAACACUUCAAAAAUACGCUUCCUCAAAAUAUAAAACAUUUUUGUAAAUCGCAAAUUUAAACAAAAACGGU